AUGGACUAUUCUGAUAGGGUUAACUCGAAAAAGGGCGCGGGUGGUAUUGCCAGUGCUGAAGAUGCGAAUAUCCACACUAAGAAAAGAGUGCAAGAACUCUUGGCCACCCACAUUUUAGACAUAGAAAAUGACCCAUACGUAUUUCGAAAUCACCUUGGACUUUUAGAGUGUAGACUUUGUCUCACAACACAUAACAAUGAAGCUUCAUACAUAUCGCAUCUAGGUGGGAGAAAGCACCAUGUCAAUUUAGAGCGAAGGAGAGUUUUGGAUGAAAAGCAACACCGACAGCAUCAGUACCAGCAAAAGAUUAAUGAGCAAAUUAGCAUCAGUAAUAUUGAAAAACGAUCUUGGAAGAAGAUAGGACAACCGGAGUACAAGAUCAGUAAAAUCAGGGAUCCCGAGACUGACCAAGUUGGUUUAAUAAUAUCUGUCAAGGUUCCGAAAAUUACGGUUGAAGAGCCUAUUUUCAGAUUUAUGUCUUACUUUGAACUAACUUCAAAGAAUCAAAAUAUGUAUACAAAAUAUGUUGAGAAAAUGCGUAGCGACAAUGAUGGUGAUGAAGAGGAAGAGCUCAAUGAAAGCGACAAUCAACUUUUGAUUAUUUCAGCCGAGCCAUAUGAAAACAUUGCAAUUGUUUUGCCAAAUAAAAAAGAAAUAGAAAAACCACAAGGUAAAAAUGAAAUGUCAGACAAGUUCUGGUGGGUUUGGGACAAUGAUACCAAGGAGUUUGUUCUACAGAUGUUGUAUAAGAAAUAG